AUUUCUUCCAUCUCCAGGUCUCUGCUUUCGUCGCUUUUCCUCCCAGACGAUAGAAAUUGAGUGAUUGACCCUAAUUGAUAUGUCUACCCCUAUCUAUCUUGGUGUUAUUGGCGUUGGAGGUGUUGGGAGUGCCUUCAUCAAACAGCUUGCCCAUCUUCCCAAUGCUCCAAAGCUUAUCCUCCUCGCUCGCUCUAGCCAGACUCUCCUGGCCCCCGCUCCAUCCUACUCUCCCGCCAUCCCCGCUGCGGACUGGAAGACCGCCAUUGAGACUCCUUCCCUGACUACCUCUGGUGCCCUGAGCCCCGAAGAGAUCGCUUCGUACCUCUCCGCUGCCCCCGGCCGCUCUAUCCUUGUCGACAACACCAGUGACGUUGCCCUCGCCAGCUCCUAUCCCGUCUUCCUCCGCCAGGGCAUCUCCAUCGUCACCCCGAACAAGAAGGGGUUCUCUUCCGACCUGAGCCUGUGGAAGGAUAUCUUUGCCUCCGCCGCCCAAGGCAAGGCUCUUGUUUACCACGAGAGCACUGUUGGUGCUGGUCUCCCCGUGCUCUCCACCCUGCGGGAUCUCGUCGCGACCGGCGACCAAGUCACCCGCAUCGAGGGAGUCUUCUCCGGCACGCUCUCGUUCCUGUUCAACACUUUCGCGCCUGCGUCGGGAUCCUCCUCUGCGAAAUGGAGCCAGGUUGUUGCCCAGGCCAAGGAGUUGGGAUACACAGAGCCUGAUCCUCGGGAUGACCUCAACGGCAUGGACGUUGCCCGCAAGCUUACCAUCCUGGCUCGUAUCGCUGGUUUGGAGGUGCAAUCGCCGGCCUCGUUCCCUGUUGAGUCUCUGAUCCCUGCGGAGUUGGCUUCGCUGCCCUCUACCUCGGACGGCAUUGCGCAGUUCAUGGCCCGUCUUCCAGAGUUUGAUGGCCAGAUGACUGCUGUCAAGGAGGCCGCGGAACAGGUCGGCAAGGUGGUGCGCUUUGUGGGGAGUAUUGAUGUCGGAACGAAGGAGGUGCGUGUUGGACUGCAGCAGUUCGACAAGGACAGUGCCAUUGCCGGGCUGAAGGGUAGCGAUAACAUCAUCAGCUUCUAUACCCGCCGCUACGGCAACAACCCGCUUAUUGUGCAGGGCGCUGGCGCGGGUGGCGAUGUGACUGCUAUGGGUGUAACUGCUGACCUGCUCAAGGUGAUUGAGCGGCUGCACUAGUGCAUAUAUGAAAAAAAAAAAAAAAAAAAAAAAAAA